GAGUUUACCUUUUCACCUUAUCUCCUAAUAUAGAAACGAAUGAUUCAGAGAAACCCAAUAGCUUCAAUCAUUUAAUUGCAGUCUCUCAGUUAGCUAGCUCAGUGACAUACUUCUUUUCGUCUCUGCCGCAUUUCUUCGAACACAUUCACUACACGAAUAACAAAAUCAGUUUUCUUUGACAAUUGAUUGGGAGAGAUUGACGUGUAUGGCAUCUGAUGAAUCUAUGACCGUCCUUUCUUCUAUGCAGGAAGAUGAGUAUGAUGAUACUGAUGAUGGGUUCGAUCAACAUCAGCAUCUCCAUAGCUUGUCUAGACUCUCUGUGUGUACUAGUUCUAUGUACACCAACGAAGAAGACGAGGACGACGAAGUGGAUGGUAUUGAUGGGGUCCUGAUGAAUUACAUGUCGAGGUUGUCAAUUGAGAGCUUUGACGCCGACGACGAGGAAUUCUCCGACGGUAAAGGAGGCAAACGCAUCCUAGACGACGUCUCGUCGGAGGAUGACGACUCCGAUAAAGAAAACGAUUGUUACUCGCUUCCGGCUACUCCUCAUCGCCGGAGAAGUAGAGGAGGGGUAGUGAAUCUGCAGGUGGUCGGUGCCAAAGACUACGCCAGUGAAAACGAAGCCCAAAAGAGUCUGAUGAAGGAAAAGAUGCGAGGGAAUUUGAGGCGGAGAAGGAUCAUAAGAGAAAGAUGGUUUAGUGGUGAUAAGGGGAAGAACAGAGAAGAAGAGAACACGAACAGUGUUAGUGGAGAGAGUGAUCACGCUGGUGGCGGUGGUGGGGUGGUGGUGAUAACGCGGCCGAAGGGAGGGAGUAGGUCUCUGUGUAUGGACCUGGAUGAAGUGAAGGCGUGUAGGGAUCUUGGGUUCGAAUUGGAGCAUGAACGGAUGUUGGAGAUGCCUAGUUGUUUGUCUAUAUCGGCACCAACCCUUGAGACUACCAGCAGCGGUGGCACCUCUCCCAUAGCUAAUUGGCGCAUUUCCAGUCCUGGUGAUGAUCCGCGAGACGUGAAGGCACGGCUCAAGGUCUGGGCUCAGGCAGUGGCACUUGCAUCUACUUCUCAACGUUAGAUGUAACUGUAUUUUUUUUUGGAUCUUCUCUCUUCAAUGUUCUGGAAUUCUGGUGGUGUAGUAUGUGCUUCAACCACUAUUGAUAGAGGGAUCACUAGUGGAGAGGCUUGAGAAUUGAGUGUUGGUUUUAUUUACCUACAAUCAGCUAAUCGCUCAUUGUUCCCCCCACCCCCUUCCCUGUGUGGCUAUGUAAGCCGUAUGUAAAUAACUAGAUAUAACAACGCUUGAGGAAGUCAAAGGCGUGAUAAGACAUUGAAAAAUCAUUGGUGGUAUAUUAUUUUUGGGGCAAGUUAUGUACAUAGAGCAUUGUCUUGUACUCACUUCCAGCUUCAGCUAUGCUGUUUUUGAUGGAUUCGAGUGGAAAUAACAUCAUUGCUUCACAACAUUUCCAAAA